AUGAACUCAACAUUUAGCGAACUCUAUAAAUCACAAUUAGUUAAAAGUAAAACUGAAGGUACAAAUUAUAUUAAAAUUGUUAAUAGUAAAGCUGACGUUAAUCACGGUCCACUUCAUCCAUUAUUGAUUGAUGCUACUAUUAGAGGACGAUUGGAUAUCGUUGAAUUCUUGGUCGAAAAUGAUUAUGUUGAUAUCAAUCAGACAAAGACAAAUGAUGAAAAUAAAUCUAGUAGUCUUAUUGUAGCUGCCAAUCAUGGUCAUACACAAAUCGUCAACUAUCUCAUUGAGAAAAAUGCUGAACUCGAGUCAAAGACAUAUAUCGAUGAAAACACAGCAUUAGCUGUUGCAGCAAUCAAAGGCCAUUUGGAAUCUGUACGGCUAUUGUAUAAGUCAGGUGCUUCUUCCAAUGUGGAAAAUCAUGAGAAAAAAACACGAAUAGUUUUAGCGGCUGAAAAUAAUCAACUAGAUGUAGUUAAUUUUUUACUUGAGCAUAAUCAUGAUCGUACAACUCUUGACGAUCUUGAACUUGCUGUUGCUUCACAUAUACUCUCACAUAAGACUACUGAAGAUUACAAACCUGAAUGGAUAAUACAAAUAUUGCAACAUUCAUUCAUCAAACGAACACAACUCAAUAUAACCAAAAUCGUUGCUGAACCAAUUACUGUCUACGAUUUCCAACAAGAAUGUCAAUCAAUCGAUGAACUCGAUCGAAUCCAACACAAUAAAGAUCGUCUGUAUAUCGAAGCAUUACUUAUUCAAGAACGUAUUCUUCUACCUCGAAAAGAUGAGAGACUAUUCACGCCAUUAUUCGAGCGAGCAACUGCAUUUAUUGAAAAAGGUGAAUUCGAUAGUUGUCUCGAUUUGACAUUACAUAUCUUUCAUCUAUGUCAAGAAUUUGAAGUUCAUAAUUGUCGUCAACAAUUCUUCUGGAUCUUCUACACUAUGUUUAAUUCAAAAAUGCCUAUUCCUGUUGAUCGAUUUUGGGAUAUAUGUGAUCUCAUCUUCAAGCCAUCACAACAGAAUUCGAUUGAUUGUCACAAAAGAGAUGCAAGAUAUCUAUUGGCAACUGCAGGAAAAAUGGAUCAUUCCGAAAUUCCAUUGAUUUUACGCGAACUCAAUUUAAAUGAAGAUUGUGUUGCCAAUAUUUACAAUCAUGGCUCAUACGCUCAGGGUACAUGUACUCCUGAAUCUGAUCGAGAUCUGAUAAUUGUUACUCGUUCAUGUCAAAAUUAUCUAUGGUUUCAGAACGAUUUUGCUUAUUUUCAUAGAUUCGAAUUACAUAAAUUAUUCAAUAAAUAUGAUGUUUGUGUAUAUUCAGUAGAAAAUUUCCAAUUAGCAUUAGAAAAAAAUUAUUUACUCUGUGUUCAAUGCCUAUUUUUAUCAGAUGAAUUUAAAAUUAAAGAAGAAAUUGACUUUCGAACAACUUAUCUAGAAAAAUAUUAUAAUACAGUACGAAUAAAACAAGUAGCUUUUUAUGAAAUGUUAUCAUCUUUUAACUUACUUGAUCCACCUAAGAAUCCAACUUAUCGAAAACGUAGUUCAACUGAAAAUGAAACAAAUCAACCGUUAUCAGAUUUUAUAUUUAAAAAUUUAUUUCAUGGCAUCCGAUUCUUAGAUAUUGGUGAACAAUUAAUUCAAACACGAUCAGUACAUGAUUUUACACGUGUGUCAUAUAUACUUAAUGAGAUGAAGGAUAUACGUGGUGAUCCAACAGACGAAUCAAGUAAACAUCGUGUAGUUGAAUAUGUUCAUAAAAAAAGUAUUGAGUUCAAAUCAAAAUUAGAUAUACUUGUACCAACAAAUAUUAUAAAAGGUACAUUCAAAGUACAUAUUACAUUCGAUUGUAAACCUAAUUCUGAACAAGUCAUUGAAAAAUUGAAAAAAACAUGUGAAAAAACGAAAUAUAAAAUUGCAUUCAUUCAAUUAUGUGCUGAUAAAAAAAAGAACAAUCUUCAACAAUUAAUAGCAUUUUCAUAUUAUCAUGGUGAAUAUCCAUCGAUUGUACAAGAAAUUGAAAAAGAAAUUCAUGAACAAUUUAAAGAUUUUAAUAUUCUACGUAUUCAAAUAAAAUCAUUAGCAUCAAAUGAAGGUAUACCACAAACUGAUAUUGAUAAAGAAUUAUUCUGGAAUGAAAAAACAUAUUAUUUCGAAUUUCAUUAUCGAAUUGUUUUGAAACAUGAACUUGAUGGAAAUUUUUUAAAGUUUCUUCAGAAAAGAUGCGAAUCGAAUUCUAGAUAUAAGUUAUAUCUAUCACCUUAUGCAUUGAAACAAAUAGAUCAUAAAAAAAUUCAUUAUAUAAUUACAAUGCGUUUAUUUGAUGUUGGUCGAAAUGGAGCAUUUCAAAUGAAUGAUCAAGUUAUUAAGUAUUACAAAGGAAUUCUUUUUCUACCAUCAAAAAUUGAACCUGAAUUUAUUGUUUAUGAUACAAACAUGGAUUUGAUGAAUCUUGAAAAUUCUUAG